AUGAACGCUCCUACCGCCUCAGACGCAUCCUCGGGCGGGUCUGGUUCUGGGCCUGAAUCUGGUUCAGGAACUCAGGACAGAGAUAAAGGCAAGCGCGCUUCAUCGACAAGCAAGUUUCUGCAAAACAUCCUCUGCCGCCUCAAAACCUCGCUUACCCCCAACCCCAAGUCACCGUCCCCGUUUCCUUCCUCGCCCACUUUAUCCCCCUCCUCCAAGCUACCAUCAACGAUCACCGCCCAAAUACAGUCAAGCCGGGCAGAGCAAACGUCAAUGGAAGAAGACUCAAGGAUGGCUGGCGUCAUUACUCAACACAGUCGGCCGACUGUACCAGUGCUGCCUCUGCAUUCCUCCAGCAAGGCUUCGAUUCCCGCUUCGGAUCAUGACAAGGAGAACCGCCCCAGCGCUCCAGUGGUCCCCAUCCCAGCUGCGGCCCUGAGCCGCCUCAGUCUUGAAUCCAUCGGUCGGCCGCGAUCAUCAGCCUCCAUUCCUCAGAGUACGCUCACGCCUCCCGGCGAGAGACCUAUGCACCAGAUGCUCAUGGACCAGGCAUUGGAUAUGGCUCGACUAGCACUGAGAACAAAUGAGACACCCGUUGGCUGUGUCCUCGUCCACAACGGAUCGGUCAUUGCGAGAGGCAUGAAUGCCACGAACGUGACUCGGAAUGGUACCCGCCAUGCUGAGUUCAUGGCAUUGUCUGCACUGCUGUCCUACCGACCCAACAAUAGUGAAGAAGCCGUCGAUGCUCAGCUUCGCCAACAAGCUAGCGAACGUUCCAAAGCGGAUGUUCCUGACGAUGAAUCGGACUUGUUUCCUGAUGACGACGAGUAUGUCAGGAAAGGCCACCUUUACCCAUACGGCCAGAAGCUUCAUCCCGCUCCUCGGGUCGACCGUUCCAUCGUUAGGGAGUGCACUCUUUACGUCACAGUCGAACCCUGUGUCAUGUGUGCCGGUCUACUGAGACAACUUGGUAUCAAUGAAGUCUACUUCGGCGCUGUCAACGACAAGUUUGGCGGAACCGGUGGCGUCUUCAGCAUCCACAAGAACUCUACAGAUACUCGCAAAGACCCUAACCCAGUCACCGUUCUCAGACCGCUCCAGAUUAACGCCUCCAACGUGCCAAGGCCGGUCAGUUCUGCCUCUGGAACGAGUCUGAACAUUAAUCGUCCAGCGAGUCGGGGCGGUGAUGGCGGAAAUGUUGAGCCGGGCUUUGAGGCAGAAGGCGGCUGGGGCCGCGACGAAGCUGUCGGUCUUUUGCGGAGAUUCUACGUGCAAGAGAAUGGCAGAGCACCGGUGCCGCGCAAGAAGGAAGGUCGCGCCGCUAGGCUGGCGGCCAUGGAGCAAGCUGGAGGAGAAGCCGGAACACCUGUGCCAUCCGAGGCUUUCGAUGGCGCUGCCGGCGAAGACCAAGAUGUCGCUGAUAAUGAUACUGUUGCUGUCUCUAGCGGAAGUGAUGACACGGACGAAGCUUGA